UACAAAAUUAUUGAUCAUUCGGGUGCAUCCAGCGCUGGCGGCGAUGCGAUCAGCCUGCAUGGUACAACCACCCCUUGGCAUCGAUCGCCGGGUCGAGUUCACCAACCUCGCUGCAUCGAGACGCGAUACAAUACUUGCACUGUCCCCAUUACUGCCCUCUUUUGUCCUUAUCUACUACCUCCGUUCCACAUUCUCGCAUCAGCGUCCGUUAAAUCGCGGCAUUGCCAAUUUUAACGAAUUCGUUUCCAUCGGGAGAAUAUCGAUCGUUCCGCGUUCACGCGAGAAGGUUCGACGUUCUCAUUCUCGUUACGUCAUUGAUGAUACAUGCCCCACAGCUUAAAAAGAGAACCAGCUUUGCAUCUUUAAGCAACGAUUCUCUAUUCUUUUCACUCGAUCCGCCGUGGUCCGCGAGAGUGUAUUUCGAGUAUAUUUGAGAUGUGAGCGGUGGAACGUGUAAAAAUAUGCCGCGGACAGUUCGAUUGAUGUAGAAGUGGUUACAAAAAUACCGAAAAUGGCGUCCCGAUUGGUGAAUCGCGUCCGGUUCAGCAGCAUCGGGAAACCGCGUCCGCCGCAUUCAUCCCGACGCCGCGUCCUCCGCGGAGAUACGGCUCGAACCCUCACGUGGUGGAGAGGACAUGCGCGCACCCUCCGCAAAGCCGCAACGCUAUAUAAGAGAAGACCGCGAAUCUCCGUGUCUCAGUCAGCUUUCGAAAGCGUGCGAAAUACACGGCGGCGAACAUUUGUCUGCAUUAAUCUGCAUUAACCUGCGCGUGUUUGCAGUCGAAGCCAAGUAACGAUUAACGAAACCGCGUUCCCUCCUCAACAAGGACGAGCAACUGGGAAGGAAGUGCGAAAGAAAGUCCGACAAAAAGCCGAUAAGAAUCGGCAAGAGGGAAGCAAGAGCAAUCAACGAGUAAUCGACAACGAACGACUGUAGUUUAUCCGCACGAACAGCAUCAAAGCAGUGUGACAAGUGUGUGGGAUUGAUUAACCGCAUGCGUGUGACAGGAAGCGCGUGCGUUUUCGAUCGUUUAACGCCGGAGAGCAUGAUCGAGUGAAACUCGUGCGAACACUGAACGAACGUAGUUUCAUAGCGGAACGAAACUUUUGAAACCUGGCCGGCCGAACGGUGCAGAUUUUAGUCCGCGAUCUCGAUCGAAUCAGUGGCCUUCGUCCAUCGUUGGGAAUGGAGGACACGACGAGACUGACCGAUCCCGAGGACGAUCAUCGCCGUGAGAGUCAGAAGGGCGACGCGAAACGACGAGUCAGCCCGACCGGCGGCCCUGGAUCCUCGAAGCAGGAGUUCGGGGACGACGAGUGCAGCACAGACAGCGGAUGCAGCAGCGGUGGAAGCACCGGAAGCGCGGAGAGGCUGUCGCGUCGCGGUAGCAGCGAACGGCUGUGCCGCGCCACCAGAUCGCCGAGGACUCAUUGCUACUUGGACCGACUUCGCGGUCGGCCAACUCGCUCGCAGGAGAGACUCUCCAGUGUUCAGAGAAGCUCGGAGCGUGUUCGGGCCAAAUCCUCGCGCUCCUGGAGUCCCGGAGACGUCCGAGGCGUUGGGAGAACGUCCGAGUCGCUCUCGUACUCCUCGAGUCCAUCGGACGCGCACAGCAGCACCGACAGCGACUCGCUCAAGAGAUCCACCACCGCGGACACGCUUCGAAGGGCGCUGCAGACACUCAAGAUUUCAUCCAAGUGGGAGGGAAAGGAGAACAAGCACGCGAAAAAGAGCCCGAAAAGAAUUCUACGCAGUCCGGUGUCGUACACGUACGUCAGAGGUCUUUCCGGCCUACCAACGCAGAGGGUUCCGAGGAACGUGGCGCAGCAACUGGCGAUGCCCUGUUCCUGUCAACAUUCCGUCGGUCUCUACCGAUAGAGAGAGAAAGAGAGAGUGCAAAUUUCUCGGUUCGUCCGAGCCUCAUCUUCGUUUCGACCGAUUCACCUGGCUCACUUCAAUUCGACUUUCUCUCUCUCUCUUUCUCUUUAUAUUCUCUCAUCUUAUUCUCGUCAUUGCAGUCGAUCUCGCGCGUUUCGUUGCGCGAUCGUCUCGAGAACAACCGAACGGACCCCCUCCACUCUUGGACCAUUCUCUGCGAGCGAGAUGUUCAUCCGCGAACGAUCUGCCUAAAUUCGUCAAAACCCCCCUGCGGCUUUCUGCUUUUUCGUACUUUCUACUUUUGUCAAUCGCGGCCAUUUCUUCGCCGCCGUUUUUGCAAAAACUCUUGACCAAACGAGUGGAUCAAAACGUAUACGAAUCUAGGAGCAAAAAUACGAGCGUACGAAUUAAUUGUAACAAGUCGAAGAUUCGGUAAAUCUUCGCGUCUACGUAGCGAUGCGGCGCGAUCCUGCACAGCGUUUCGCGUCUCUCCGCUCUUCUAGGAAGAUUCUAAGUGAAAUUUCCUCCAUUCUCCCGCCGUCGUGAUCAUCUUUUCUGUCGAGAACAGAUUGGAUCUCGUCGGUGGUGGUCGUCGGACAAAAAGGGAGAGACGAGGGUGAGAAACGCGAGGGCGAAAAUCGCCGUAGGUAGAAAGUUCGUCGUAGAAGUGCGUCGACCUUUCACCGCGUUUUAAGUUGUUGGUCUCUUAUUCGUAAUAAGCGAGAUAGAUCACAGUUAGACACAGAACGUAGUUGUGCAAACAUGUAUGUACCUUUUUGUAGCAGAACGAUUAGUCGAGAUAAGAACAUGUACGCUAGCGAUACCAAUUAUGUUAAACGCGCGAACGAAUUCAAUAGCUAGACGAUCAAUUGGCGAUCCCGAGUUUCGAUCGCGAGUACAAAGAUCACAUAAAAAACAGAAGGAAAGCUCUAAAAGGAAGGAAACAUCUAAAAAAGAAGAUUGAACACUACAUACCGAUCUUUCUUACACUAUUUGCACUUUCCUUGUCAAAUUCGCAACGAGGCACAUUUUUCUCAACGCAUUUCUGUCGAAGUAUGUACCGUUUCGCAAGAAGAUCAAAACACGAAUUGGCGCGAAACCGAGGCCGGUUAUCGCGAUAUGCGAGUCAAUUACGUGGAGACGCGUGGACUUCUUUUUCUCUGUUAGCGAUGGAUGGAAGCGAGUGUCGAGAUGAAAUCGAGGUGAAACGGCCGCGGUCUCACGCCAUUAUUAUCGCUAACUGUCCGACGUGACGUUCGGUCGUGAAUAUUUCGGAUAGAUUAGAGUUAACUUGUUCGUUAAGGGUACUUUUAAAACAUAUCACGAUUCGCAAAUGAUAUCGCGAUGUUCGUUUGGCGCAACCGCUCGUUCAGCGUUCAGACAGGCGAAAUCACGUCGCGCGAGUUGAAACGAGUUUCUGAAGUGUCUGUUCCUCCUUUCGUAAGGUUUGGUGUACCAACAGUCGUUCGGCGAGUACUGGCGAACGAAAAAGGGAGCAGAUAGUUCUGUUUCCGAUCUCGUUUUCGGUCCAAGCUUCAUUCUCGAGUAGGUGUACCGAGUAAAACUCGAAAAACAGAAACGAAUCGAUAGAAAUCGAGCGGCUGCGGCGAAUCGAAUUGCAAACGAGACCUCGUGACAAAUGGAAAAUCUCUUUUUCUUAAAUUUAAUCGUCGAAAGUUCUCAUUUAAACGUGAAGGCGAACGUAAUCGCGAAAUGUAUGUGUACGCGAUCCUUCAGUGCCUUGUAAAUAUCUACCGCGUGAGUGACACGGUAUGUCGCGAAACAAUUGGCACAGAAACGAUUGUACGAAUCUAUAUCUUGCGACGAGAACGCAGAAAAAAAGAAAAUGGAACGCGAGGAACGCGAGAACACGCCUAACGUGAGUGUCUCUCCGACACGAGUUCGAAUUCGCGUAUGCGCGAUGACUCUCGCGCCAAGAGAUACAAGAGCCAAAAGAACGCGAGAAUUGAAAAAACGAGAACGAGAACAAGAAUGUGCGAGAAAUGCAGAUUCUCAGGACUGAACAUUUUAUAUUAAGUAUUAUACCUAUGUCGAUACU